CUUCUUGCUUUUGUUAUCGUUAUUAUUAUGAUUAAGAUUAUUAUUAUUACCGUCUCGUAGCGUGACUUUUAUUUUGACAUGUUUUGACGUGUCGUUGUUUUCGACUGUUCCGUAUUCACACUUUUAAACAUGGAGUCUAUUUUCCAUGAAAAACAAGAGGGCUCUCUGUGUGCACAGCAUUGUCUGAAUAAUCUUCUGCAGGGUGAAUAUUUCAGUCCUGUCGAGCUGUCGUCCAUCGCUCAUCAGCUGGAUGAAGAGGAGAGGAUGAGGAUGGCAGAAGGAGGCGUUCAGAGUGAAGAAUACAGAACAUUCCUUCAGCAACCGUCUGGAAACAUGGAUGAUAGCGGUUUCUUCUCUAUUCAGGUGAUCAGUAAUGCUCUGGGUGUUUGGGGAUUGGAGAUCAUUCUGUUCAACAGUAGAGAAUACCAGCAGUUAAACAUCAAUCCAAUAAAUGAAAAGGCUUUUAUAUGUAAUUAUAAAGAGCAUUGGUUUACAGUACGUAAACUGGGACAGCAGUGGUUUAAUCUAAACUCACUGCUGACGGGACCAGAGCUGAUAUCAGACACUUAUUUGGCACUUUUCUUAGCACAACUACAGCAAGAAGGAUAUUCCAUAUUUGUGAUUCAAGGAAACUUGCCGGAUUGUGAAGCUGAUCAGAUUUUGGGUAUCAUGCGAGUCGAGCAGCAGCAGCGACCAAAGCUUAUCGGAGAAGAUGAAGCCAACAGGAUGUCCGUAGAGCAGCAUGUUUCAGAUCCUGGACACAGCACUGAUGAAGCUCUGCUGGAUGAGGAUGAGGAGGAACUGAGGAAGGCUCUGGCUCUUAGCAGACAGGACAUGGAGGUUGAGGACGAGGAGGCCGAUCUACGCAGAGCAAUUCAACUCAGCAUGCAGGGUAGUAGCAAACCCAGAAGCCCAGGUGAGAUGAAUGCUGUGAUGGUGGCAUCCAGUGCAUCAGAAAGUAGCGAUAAAGAGACACUGACGGCAGAUGAGUUACGCAGGAGAAGACAGGCGUACUUUGACAGACAGUCGCAACAACAAACUCAAUCCAGCACUCAUGACAGUAAGCCUGCAGGUGAGGACAGUGGGACCAAAGCCAGCCAGAGCCAGUGAGAGCCAGAGACGUUUCUGGGUUUAUGGGAAUCAGCAGGACCCCAGGAUGAUGUCUAAUAUCUUAAUAUAAGGACAUUAGUCUAGCUUUCCUUUACCUCUGUGAUUUAAAUGAGGUCAAAGUGUUUACCCUGGUACAUUCCUCUUCUUCAGACACAUAUGUUGUUAUGGCCUUCAGUCUGUUUUUCUCCCUGACGUUCAUCAUGAGAACGCAGUAGAUGGACGGAGAUUAAAGCGGAGACUUCUGAAGCUGACGUUGCUCUUGCAUUUUGGGACCUUAGCAGUUUUCUGGGUGCACUGGACUCUUCACGCUUCCUCUGAGGAUUGUAGUGAAUUGCUCAUCUGUUGGUCUCGUGGCUUAACUAUGAUCUGAUGUUAUUUAGAGAGAGGAACAAUGUGUGUUUCAUUCUGUACAGAUGCAUAAAGAUGAACGCUGGCCAAAUCUGUAAGAAAUAAAGAAAUCCUUUUGCCCCUUUGAGAGAGAAGAGAGGCCAGAAUCUCUUAUGUCCUUAUUGACUGUCUGUGUUUAAAACAAUAAGACGCUGACGAAGAGAAGUCGGUUAUUGACCCACACAUUUACUGCAGUCCAAACACAGUAACCGAUGACAUCACGUGUGUGUGUGUGUGUGCGUGUGUGUGUGUGAAUCAUGUCAUCAUCAUCACAAGUGUCCAAUGUAGAUUCAGAGAUCCCAUUGUUUAUCUUUUUAUUGUUGAUUUUGUCACACAUUUAUUUGAACUGUCUUUGUUUGACACAGUAUUGUGAUUUAUAUUGAUGAUUUCUGAUGUUUGGUGAUGGAACAGUGCCGAAGUUUUAAUAUAUUUUCUUUCUUAACAUUUAGCAAUACUUUUUAAGUGAUUUAGUAAUCAUGCACCAAUUGUGGCAUUUUUUGAUUCUUAAAUAAAAACUUUUGCUUUUCCCCUUGAAGGGGUUUUUCUUUUCUCUCCUCCUUGCACCUGUCUGUUGCGAUUGAUGCCAGAGAUAUGAAAACCUCUCGAAAGUUCAAAAGAGACUAAAGAUAAUCUGUCAGCAAAUGUUUAAAU